AUGACGGCAUCAUCCAGUGCUUUGCUGGUAGCCUCGCCUAUCACCCCAACACACCAGGAUGAGACGCUUCCAAGUUUCAUGGGCGCCUCUUCGUUGAUGGACGCGAAGGCGGCAAAACGUCGCCAGGAGGACGAGGAAAUCCGGGCAUAUCUGAUGCAACUUGACGCAUUGCGUCUGGAGUGUGAGCGCCGCGGUCUAUUUCGCAGGGCGCAGGCGUGUCUGGAUCGUAUGCGUGAGGUUAACCUUCGGUACGUGAAAAAAGUUGAAAUGGAGGUGCGCAAAGUAAACGUGGGGUGGAAGAAGCAGAUGAUGGAGGAUAAUCGACUGGAGCUUCUCACCUUUCACGACAUGUGGGAAACUAAAUUGAAGGACUACGAUGAAAAGGCGAGACGGUUGAGACGUGAGUUGGAGCGUCAACACGCCACGGAGAUGCAGUCGCAGGAGGAGCUCAUCCGCCUGGAGCUCAUGGAACGACGCCCACGGCCGUCCAAGGCGUUGGUGGAGCUUCGUGAUGAUCUAAAGAAGUAUGUGCACCAACGAAUGUACAUGGAUGCAGAGCGGGCACAGAAAACGAUUGCUGAUCGAGAGGCACAUGAACUCCAAGAGUUUGAGGCAUAUAUUGAAAGGAAAUUUCAAGACCGUGUGCGGGCUGUUUCCGAGCGUCUGCAGUUGGGGCAGGUGGCUGUAGAGAAGCGUCUUGCCAUGAAUCGCGAGGAAUUACUGAUCCAGCGUCGAAACGACUUUGAGACCUUGUUGAGAAAGCACUACGUGGCUUUGCAUGCACAAGAGCAGGCCAAUGCUCUCGUUGUCGCCAGGGGGAAGGACUGCAUCCGUCGACAGGUGAAAGCGUACACUAGAGACCCGCUCAAGACGGGGCUUGAACUGGUACACCUAACAGAGGCGGCCAUGGUGGAUAAGAAGAUGGAUUGGAAUGCGAACGGACGGCAAGGGACAUCCUUUAAGGCAUGCAAUCAUCGUAGCGCUAGCAGCGGAGUUUCGGUGAGGCGGUGUACGCCUCUGAAGGGGACUAAAACGACGUUGUCCCUGCCACCAUGGCGAGAGUGA